GAGUCUCGUUCCUCCGUUCAACCGUAUCCAACAUGGCCGUCGAUCGUUUCCUCCGAACCUAACCUCAACCCUCUCACAAUACACUCGGAAACCUCGAAAACAAACACAUCCCCCAAGCCUAUCACACCAAAAUGAAGCACCACGACUCAAGCACACUUUGACCCGACCGAAUCGCGAAAAUUCCUCGACAAUCAGUCAGUUUAUUACCUCUCAGCGCUGCGCUGACCAGCCGCAGCAUACUUGCACUCAUCGUCGGCGCUGCUGCUGCCGCUGCGACUAAGAUCUAAGAUCGCACGACCAGCUGUUUUUCCGCGUGCCGUCGUUCCCCUUUUUUCCUGGGCAGCCACCCGACACCGGCCAUCCCCCGAAGAUGCUCCGAGUCGGAUUAAAAUUUCCCGUUAACGGCCUCAACCUCAACCGGAUCAAAAAACAUGGCUACGAAAGGCUUUACCUGACUGCCAGGAGCUAUGAGACCAGACCAAAAAUCAAGUGCGAGGACAGUGAAAGAUCACGUGGAGGCACUGGAACCUUGGUAACCCUUGGUGCUGUGACAAUCGGAGCUAUUGGAAUACUAACAUACGCGAAAAAUGACUCGGGUUUCAGAGCAACGUUAGAAGGAUGGAUACCAGGAACAGACAAAGCAAUCAAAAUUAUUUUUCAAGAAGAGUCCAGCUAUUUUGAUUAUGUCAUCAGCUUCUUCGAGUCUCUAAAGAAGAAAAUUUUGGACCUUAUCUUUGGAGAUGACUCUGCAAAACCAGGUCAGGUUUUUAAAAAAACGGUAGAUUGCCAAAACCUUGAAACCUAUGAACCGCCAAAACCUGCUUUUACGCCACCGGCUCUCGAAUUAUCACCGAAAUUGCCGCCUCCUGAGAAACCUAAGCCAGAAUUACGGUUAAGCAAAGAUAAAGGAGCAAAAAUUGAAGUCGUGUCAGAAAAGCCGGCUCCAAUAGCCAAAAAGGAAGAGAAGAGUGUUCCAUCUGGUGCAUCUGAUCUGCACGAGUUGGAAAAGUAUGGAGGUGAACUUGCAACGAAAGCUAUUACUGCGUUUCAACAAGCAGCUUGUGCCGUUCAAGAUUACAACAAGGAUAUUGUCAGCGUCAUAGAAAGCUCCGAUUCGACAGUGGGACAUCAAAUUUGGGAUAGACUAAAGAUAGCCCAGGAUAAAAGAGUGAAAGCUUUGGAGGAGGCAGAGAAAAAAGCAGACGAAGCCGUCGAAACGUUGAAGAAAUUGCACGGUUCGAUCGACGACCCGAAAAUAAACGCAACGACAGGUCAAAAGACGAUCACGAGAAGAAAUAUCAGCAAAAUCCUGGCCGAUGUAGACGAAGCAAAGAAGAAGUUCGAGCAAGAAUUGGCGAAUGCAAAUAUAUCCGAAAAGUAUUGGAAAGGCGUUAAGACUGCACGAGAAAAGUUCCACGAAGAAUUACAAAUUCUUUUCCCCAAUAUUAAUAUCCACGAUAAGAAGCUUGCUGUCACUGAUGAAGCCUUCGAUCUGUUUGUCCUGCACAUGUACCACAAAGUAGCUUUCUUGCAGAAAGAAUUGGAGAAGAUGCAGACCAUCGCUGAAGCUAAGUUGAACACUGCCUUGAAAUCGGAGGGUGAUCAGGAUAAGCUCCACGAAGCCAUAGAUCUAGAAGUAGCCAAGGAAAGGAGGAAACUGCAAGAGGACUUCGACAAAAAGCUGCUGGAGGAGCGCAAGGCGUUGGACGACGAGAUGCGUCGCCAAAUGAAGCUGCAAGCUCAGAUCCACGCGGACCACCUGCGCGAAGCUCUGUCGACGAAGGAGCGCGAGACCGAGCGCAAGGUUAAUCGAGCUUUGAGCGAACAGAAGGAGGAGGAGUCCAUCAGGAACAAGACUCAGCUCGCCGCUGUUAUCGGGAGGCUGAGAGGACUCGACGAAGCUCUCAAGAGUCGUCUGGACGCUGAAAAAGAUGCAAGCGAGGCCCAGCUAAUGUGGGGAGCGUGUCAGGCUUUAGUCAGAGCCGUUAAGGCAGCGCCACCAGGAACUUCGCCGGAGAAGGCCGUGAGGCCAUUGGAUCCGGAAAUUAAGGCCAUUGUCAAGGCAGCGCCCAAAGAUGACGUCUUCGUGAACGCCACGAUCAAGGGAAUCCCCGAGGAGGCAGUCAAGCGUGGCGUGUAUCCCGAGGACGCUUUGAGAGAGAGGUUCCUCAAGGUGGAGCAAAUGGCGAGGAAGCUGGCUCUGGUGCCGGAGGAGGGCGCCUCGUUGCCGAUCUACCUCCUGAGCUAUCUCCAGAGCUUCCUUUUGGUCAAAGCUGUCAGCCCCAUACCUAAACGUGAACUGGACGACGAGCCCAUCGACGUCGACUCUCUCAACACUUACGAGGUCCUUCAGAGAGCCAGGUAUUGGCUGGACCGCGGUGACUUCAAGAUGACUCUGAAAUACAUGAAUCUGCUGAAAGGUGCACCUCGUAGUAUCGCACGCGACUGGAUGAACGAGGCGCGGAUACUCCUCGAGACGCAGCAGGCUAUAGAGUCGCUUGUUGCCUAUGCCGGAGCUAACAGCCUUGUGUUCAUGGGUGGUGGCGAAAAGAAAGAGCCGGAGAAAAAGUAGCGCAGCUCGAGGGACGUCCGCAUUUGGGAGUAGAGAGAAAGAGAGAGAGGAACAGCGACAGGAGCAGCAGCAGCAGCAGCAGCAGCAGCAGCAGUAGCAGCUCGAGGGAGAGAAAGAGAGCAAGAGCCGGCAACCAGUCAGCCUUAAUUGUACAGUCACCGUCUCUUUUUAGUAAAUUAUCUCCGGAGGGAGAGGAGAGAAAAAGGACACACACACAGCAAGACCAGCAAUAUUUUUAUCCUGCGACGAUGAUGUAUCCACGCGAACACUUACACACACACCCAAGUCGAUCUCGCACCUAUAUAUGUAAUUUAUUUUCCUCUCGACGAUGAUUUUUAUGGUUACUUUUUUUUUAAUCAAUAAAUUCUACACCUGUUAUACGAUGAUUGUUGUGUCGAUGACGCCGCGCAGGUUUUUCUAGUUUUACUCGAGGUUUCACGAGGGGAGCGAAGCGUCAGAGGGUCCUGAGGACUAUUACACGGCUUUGCACGCUUCGUGAAACUCGAACGCGACGAUGACGAGUUUCUCUGCCUCCUCCCGCUUAGGAAUACGUGUUUAUUUUUAAAGUGAAAAGGUUCGACCGUUUACCGACUAUUAUUUGUAGAGUAUAUAUAUAUUGAAAAAUUCAAGUUGGAUAUACAUAGCUGCCAAUUGUGUAAAUUUACUCGUCCGAAAAUGGCGAUGUGAAAAUGAGUUUCAAAUGAACGCAAAAAAAAUUCAUCACACCCCUAUAUAUCUGAGUUUAUUCUUUCAAUAUUUCCAAUCUUGGCUCCGUUUCCCAGCAAUCCAACGAGUAUGUUUUUGUAUGAUCUUUUGUUAUUUCUUUUUCUUUUUCGAUUGCAAAUCCGAGUCACUUGAAAAGAGACCUUGUUAUUAUUAUGUAAAGAAUAAUUUAUUAAUAAAAUUUUUUUCUCUCAAA